AAACACUGACAACUGACAACUGACAACUUCGAAUAGUGUUCAAAACGUGACAAUCAGCUUAAAAAAAUAAUGGACCUUUCCUAGGGCUCCCUAGUUCUCCCAUAUAUUAUUUGAUACAGCUAGAUAAACUGAGUCAAUCUAUGCAGACCUGAAUCCCUAAGCAAUUGAACCUAAAAAGUGUAAGCAUCUCUGAAUCCUAGAGCAAUUUUAGCUAAUCUUCUUUUCAUUUUUAACCCUCAAGUACAAUGAAAUCCAUAGCUCAUGUGGGGCUCAAUCUCAGUGUUGUGGAGAAACUCCUGUCCAAUGGGCACAAUCAUCUUCAUGUUCAGGAUAAGUAUGUCUUUCCUCCGGGUGAACGUCCCGACAUAUCCCAGGUCUGUGAUUCAUAUAAAUUUCCAGUCAUAGACCUCAGAGAUUUGGAUGGGCCUCAUAGAAUAAAGGUAGUGAAUGAGAUUAGGCGGGCAUGCGAGGAGGAUGGCUUCUUCAAGAUCAUUAACCAUGGAGUGCCAGAGACUGUGAUGAAAAGCAUGAUGGACAUUGCCAGAGAGUUUUUUGAAAUGCCUGUAGAAGACAGGGCCUGUCUCUAUUCAGAGAACCCAUGGCAGGCGGCUAGGGUUUCAACAAGCUUCAAUGUCACCGAAGAUAAAUUCUAUAAUUGGAAGGAUUCUCUAAGACACCUCUGUAAUCCAGUGGAGGAAUUUAUCAAUUCAUGGCCUGAAAAACCAGCACUUUACAGAGAGGUUGCAGGGAAGUACUCCAAGGAGAUUAGAGUACUGGUUCUACGGCUUCUGGCUGCGAUUUCUGAAGCUCUGGGACAAGAUUCUGACUAUUUGAAUGCAAUCUUAGGAAAGCAUACCCAGGCACUCCAGAUAAAUUACUAUCCUGCAUGCCCAAAUCCAGAUCUUACCCUUGGCAUAGCACCUCAUUCAGAUCCAGGUGGCAUUACUGUUCUGAUGCAAGGAGAUGUGAGUGGCUUGCAAGUGCUAAAAGAUGGGAAAUGGUUUGCAGUAGAAGCAAUACCCAAUGCCUUUGUGGUCAAUGUGGCUGAUCAAAUUCAGGUUGUAAGCAAUGGACGCUUCAAAAGCGCCGAGCAUAGGGCUGUAACCAAUAAGACCGCCGCACGUAUAUCUAUUCCCACCUUCUAUUCGCCUUCGUUGGAAACCUUCAUUGGUCCUGCACCAUCAAUGGUGGAUGAUGAGCAUCCGGCUUUAUACAGAAGAUAUAAAUAUGAAGAAUACAUGACGGCAUUCUGGAACCAGAGUUUAAAGGGCAAGAGUAUUUUGGAUCGCUUCAAGAUUGAAACCAGUCCAUGAUUGAAAAGUCUGGUAUAUAAAUGCUGUUUUUGGAACAUGCAUAUGCUGGUAUGGACUGUUGACACUAUCUUAUAUAGCAAUGCUUUAUCUGGGAAAUAAUGUGGAAGACUCACACUCUUCCUAUAUUUUAGGAUUUAAGGGUUGGUAAGAACAGCUUUUAUUGUACAGUAAUUUUUUCAAGUCUUUGAUUCUAGAUGUGCAUUCAAGCAUGAGAGAGCUGGUAAGAACAGUUUUUAUUUGGUAGUUCUAAAGUAAAAUUUCUAAGUUUUUUGGUCUGUUUUUUAAGAUGUGCGUUCAAACAUGAGAAAUAAAUAUGUGCAGUAAAUUUUGAAUAAA